GCUUCUUCAAGUUACCUCCACUUACCAAUCUCCCCUUGCAAGAUCCACUUUCAGAUGGAUAAAAACUACCUUUUUUCUCCCAUUGAUUAGCACUCUCUCCUCCUCAUUCCUGAUCUCUCCUGUUGAGAUCCUAUCCUUCUUUUAAGUGCGGGGUACGGUCAACGGGAUAGUAAUCCCCCCCUCCCCAAAUAUGGAUCUCCGCAAGAAGAAGAGAAAGGUUCUUCUGAUGGGGAAGAGUGGCUCGGGGAAAUCUUCUAUGCGAUCAAUUAUCUUCAGCAACUACGUGGCCAAGGAUGUCCGACGCCUGGGUGCCACCAUUGAUGUCGAGCAUAGUCAUGUCAAGUUCAUGGGGAACCUCACGCUUAACCUUUGGGAUUGCGGAGGACAAGAUGCCUUUAUGGAGACCUACCUCGCUUCCCAACGAGGCAACAUCUUCUCCGACGUUGCCGUCCUCAUCUACGUCUUCGACAUUGAGUCCCGCGAGGUCGAGCGCGACCUCGACACCUACAACGCCAUCAUCAAUGCCUUGAAGGAGUACAGCCCCAACGCCCACGUCUUCUGCCUUGUCCACAAGCUCGACCUCAUUCAGGCCGAGCACCGGCAACGGAUCUACGACGAACGCUCCGCCAUGAUCCGCAGCCGGUCGGAGCACUUCUCCAUCGACACCUUCGGCAGCAGCAUCUGGGAUCAGUCCCUCUACAAGGCCUGGGCCGGCAUCGUCCACAAGCUCAUCCCCAAUCUGACGGUCAUCGAGCGGUUCCUCCACGCAUUCGCCAAACGCGUGGAUGCCGAGGAGGUCAUCCUCUUCGAGCGCUCCACCUUCCUCACCGUCACGUCCGUGUCAUCCGAGAUCGGCGACAUGAACCCGAUCUACGACCGCCACGAGCGCCUCUCCAACAUCAUGAAGGCCUUCAAGCACUGCGCCGCCCGCAACACCCACACCACGCCCGCGUCUGCGGGGUUCGUCGUCAUGCACACCAAGACUCCGCAGUUCAACGUCUUCCUCGGCCGGUUCACGGACAACACCUACAUCUUCUUGGUGGUGCCCCCCGGCGAAGCGGCCUACAACUGCGCCGUCCUCAACACCAUGCUCGCCCGCGAGGGCUUCUCCAAAGCGGCGACCACCGGCCACGGCGAUGGAUUCCCGCUCCCUACCGUCGAAUCGCCCGACGGGACCAAUGGGGCGCAUGAUUGAUUUACCAUUAAAUCAAUGGACCAAGAGGUCAAAUUGACCUCCCCAUCAAGAGUUCAUCAGCAAUGACACGCGGUCCGUCCGAUGUCGAAGAAGCGUAUGCGCGGCUCUCCGCCUUCACAUCCACCAUAACAAGGAGCAUAUCCCCCUGUCUUAAGGGGCCAAAAAGGGAGGUUCUAACUUCCCCCCCCCUUAUAUCCUCUAUCCCACCCCAUCCCAAACAACCUUACUGCACCACCAAGCAAACUAGACACCACACCCACUAGCCAACUCCCACGCUUCCAAUUCCUUUAGCCCCGACCGGAGAAAUCUCAGUGCCUGCAUUGAACCACACAAUGCAACUCCCUUUCCCCCCCACACUCCUAUCCUUCAAAGAUACCCUUCAAUCUCCAAACCUGAUUAGCAUGCGCCGCAUCGUCAAUCUCCUCAGCCUUUGUCCUGUAUGUAUCUGUGUAUGUAUUCAAGCCUUGUCAGCCCAAAAAUCCU